AUGACCGGACCUUCGACCGACGUUCCUUAUGAACGACAGAAUCUUCAUAAGGGGCAUCGAUAUAUCAAGAAGGGCAACAUGAUAACACCAUGUCCAUCGUCUCUGAAUGCACUCGAGCUCAACCUCCAAGACGACCAAGAGGUAAUUGCUGUGCUCGAUAAACAAAUGGGCAGACUUGUACUUGAGUGGGACUCUUCCUGGGUCACCAAGUCGGGGGUUGGGGUGCGAUCUCCCGAAGCCGAAGCGAUGAGACUUGUCUUUAAGCAGAACGAUAUCCCCGUCCCCGAAGUGCUUUUCACCCAUUUCGAUCCUGAUAAAGGGAUAACGACACCAAAAGAGUAUUUCAAGCCCGAUUAUCGUCCAUCGGAAGGAGUUAUUGGGAUGACUAUCAUUUCCGGGAUAACCCUAGAACAGAAAUGGGAUAACCUAGACGACAAGGCCAAAGAGUCAAUUUGCCUUCAACUCUGGGAUCUAAUUUCAAAGAUCCGAAAGAUCGCUCGUCCACAAGAGCUUGAGGGACCUUAUCAGUGUGCCGCGGAUGGCUCUCUAUCCCGGGAUGCGAUGCUAGAAGAUCUACAAGAGCCCGCGCGACCAAUUUCGAGCGACUCGGAUCUGCGUUCGAGAAUCUACGAACGGUAUCUCUACCAUGGAGGUAGUCGGUAUGAGAAUCAACUACUGGAUAUGCUACCUCAUUCGGAGUCCUCGGUGUUCACGCAUGCAGAUAUUGCGCCGCGCAAUAUCCUCGUGGACGAGCAGAACAAUGUCACCGGUGUUCUUGACUGGGAAUGGGCGGGGUGGUAUCCUGAGUACUGGGAGUAUGCGCAGAUUAUGCGCCCGGCGUUUUGGGGAGACUGGUCGGUUUGGAUGGACAAGACCGCACCGCAGAGGUGGGAUCUCGGGGGAAUCAAUGCUGCUAGAAAAGUUUUAUUUUGA